AUGAUCGGAGAGUAUAAGGAGGCCAGUGGCUGUGGGUCUCUCACAGACCCAUAUCUGCCUCUCAUCGAGCAGCAGACAGACAGACAGACAACCCAAGCCAGCCCCCAGCCAAGCAGCAUGCAUGAGUGCUUCUCAGUGCAUGUGGGGCAGGCCAAUGUGCAAACUGGCAAUGCCUGCUGGGAGCUCUACUGCUUGGAACAUGGGGUCCAACCAGAUGGACAGAUGCCUAGUGAUAAGACCAUUGGUGAAGGGGACGACUCCUUCAACACCUUCUUUAGUGAAACUGGGGCUGGGAAGCAUGUGCCCCAGGCCGUGUUUGUGGACCUGGAGCCAACUGUGAUUGAUGAAAUUCGGACGGGCAUGUACCAGCAGCUCUUCUAUCCAGAGCAGUUCAUCGCUGGCAAGGAAGACGCUGCCAAUAACUAUGCCCAGGGUCACUACACCAUUGGAAAGGAGCUCAUCGACCUGGUACUGGACUGAAUUCAGAAGCUGGCCGACCAGUGCACAGAACUCCAGGGCUUCCUGGUGUUCCACAGCUUCGGAGGGGGCACCGGCUCUUAUUUCACCAGUCUGCUAACAGGGGGCUGCAAUGAGGCUUCUUCCCACCCAGGCAUCGAGACCGACAUUUCCUCCUCCAGACACUAG